UUCCCUCUCAUCCAGCCCGUCGAGCCCUGCCCUCAGUCUUCACGCGCCACUUCUCCAAGUCCAAUCAUAGUACGUCAAAAGUCGCUCUCCCUCCCCUGGUUUUCUACCCGUUCAACGACGUGAAAUAAUUUCAUGUAAGUUCCUGCAUGACGGGAAGAGCCAGACUGCGUUAACUGCAACCAGCACUCAAAGGAUUGGUCUGCAUCUACUCUUGAGCUGAGCGUCUACACACCAAGAUGAAACAAAAAGAAGAUCUGAACCCUUUGCUACUCUUUGUCUUCCACCUCACGGUGUCGAUUUACUCCUUCUUCAUGUUCAUUCCCUACUACUUUUUUACGUUGGUCUCAAGACCUAAAGAGGUCCAAUAUGGAUCUGAGGAGGAACGUUCAAAUAGAGUUAAAGCUCAUUCGGUGCUGGGACGACAUGAAGGACCUUAUCGAGCAGUGAAAGCUACCAAGGGACUGGUGAGAUCGGUUUACCCAGGACUCGACACCCUGCCCAAGAUGUUUGAAUUUGCAGCCAUGAGAUUCCCCCACGGAGAUUGUCUCGGUACAAGAGAGGUGAUCAGUGAGGAAAAUGAGGAGCAGAGCAACGGAAAGCAAUUCAAGAAGGUUGUUCUUGGGAAGUACCACUGGCUGUCCUAUAAGGAGACCCUCGCUGCAGCAACCCAGUUCGGUUGUGGCCUGGCAGCACUGGGGCAGAAACCUAAACACAACAUUGCCAUAUUCUGUGAGACACGGGCUGAAUGGAUGCUUGCCGCCUUGGCCUGCUUCAUGCAGAAUUUCACAUUGGCUACUUUCUAUUCGACACUGGGAGGUCCAGCCAUUGCUCACGGACUGAAUGAGACAGAAAUCACGCACAUCAUCACCAGCAGAGAGCUCCUGGAGACCAGACUCAAGGCUAUUCUAAUUAAAGUUCCAAAGCUGCGGUGUAUCAUAGUAGUGGACAACACGCCGACCCCAUCGGCAGGCUAUCGCAGUGGCAUUAGCGUCCACAACAUGGCCGAUGUGCUGAAGCUGGGCGACAAAGCAAAAACUGCAAAUUGUGGGCAAAAUCAGCCUACAGCUGCUGACAUUGCAGUCAUCAUGUACACAAGUGGAUCCACAGGUAUUCCCAAAGGUGCCAUGAUCUCCCAUAGCAACAUUAUGGCUGCCACCACUGGAUUGGCUGAACGGAUACCUAACCUGUGCGAGAAAGACACUUACAUUGGCUACCUUCCCCUGGCUCACGUACUGGAGCUGAGUGCCGAGCUUGUGUGUAUUACUCACGGUUGUAGGAUUGGCUAUUCUUCACCUCAGACUCUGUCUGACCAGUCAACUAAGAUCAAGAAAGGCACCAAGGGGGAUAUCACCAUUCUGAAGCCCACCAUAAUGGCAGCUGUCCCUGAGAUCAUGGAUCGCAUUUAUAAGAAUGUGAUGGCCAAGGUUGAGGAGAUGAACUUUGUCCAGCAAACACUCUUCACUCUUGCCUACUACUACAAAUUGGAUCAGCUCAGCAAAGGUUACAGCACACCUCUGUGUGACACAUUGGUCUUCAGAAAAGUUCGUGCACUUCUCGGAGGACGUGUACGAGUGUUAUUUUCAGGUGGAGCCCCUCUGUCCGCUGCCACCCAACGCUUCAUGAAUGUGUGUUUCUGCUGCUCUGUGGGUCAAGGAUACGGUCUGACAGAGACUUGUGGAGCUGGGACCGUUAGCGAGGUUUGGGAUUACAGCUCUGGGCGAGUGGGAGGGCCGCUUGUGUGCUGUGAGAUCAAACUCAAAGACUGGGUAGAGGGGGGCUACCUACACAAUGACAAGCCAUACCCACGAGGAGAGAUUAUAAUUGGUGGACCCAACGUAACAAUGGGAUACUUUAAGAAUCGGGGGGAACAAACUGACUUCUUUGUGGAUGAGAAUGGCCAGCGAUGGUUCUGCACUGGAGACAUUGGAGAGUUUCAUGAAGACGGAUGCCUCAAGAUCAUUGAUCGUAAAAAAGAUCUUGUGAAGCUGCAGGCGGGAGAAUAUGUCUCCCUGGGAAAAGUGGAAGCCAUAUUGAAGAAUUGCUUUCUGGUUGACAACAUCUGUGCCUAUGCCAAAAGUGAUCAGACAUACGCGAUAGCCUUCAUGGUCCCAAAUCAAAAGCAGCUGCAAGCUCUGGCUGACCAAUAUGGCAUCAACGGUUCAUGGGAAGAGCUUUGUAACAACAAGGUGAUGGAAGAGCUGGUGCUCAAGAUCAUCACAGAGGCCGCUCUAGCAGCCCAACUCGAGCGCUUUGAGAUUCCUCGCAAGAUCUACCUGAGCCCAGACAUGUGGACUCCUGAGAUGGGACUAGUGACUGAUGCAUUCAAGCUCAAGCGAAAGGAGCUGGAAAAACAUUACUCGAACGAGAUUGCAAGGAUGUACAAUGGGAAGUGACAGUCCAUGCACAGAGCAGAAAUCUACAAAAUUCCCUAAUUAGGUGGGUUGUUUAUAACUUUAGACUUUUAUCCACCUCCUACUUGAAUUUAUAGCUGAACUAAAGCGGCAUGAUUGACUACUGCAGACAUAGUUUCCAGGAAGUGCAAACGAUUUGUAUGCUUCUGCCUUAUCCUCGAUUGUCCACGUGCAUGACCUUUGUGUCUAGUGUUUUAUUGUUUCAGAUGGGAGUUAUGAAACAGAACUGCUGUGUGUGUGCUAAGAUGUUGUUGUCUCUGUUCUCUGUUGAACUCGCUUGAGUUUCUCAGCAAGAUGUUUUCUGUUGCAUUUGAUUGCACACAUUUUUUGUCGCAGAAUUGUUUGUUCAUUUUUAAUUUGUUUUAAUCUCAAGGUUAUCAUUUUGUCCAUCCUGCAGGUCAGGAGACGCUUAGGUCUUUUGUCCUCUUGGCCUGGAAAUUAAUUUAAUAUGUUACAAAUGGAUUGUGGUAUUUUUGUCAAGCAUGAUUAGCAUGUUGAUUCCAAAAGCACAGAAUAAUUGCACAUUUGAAUGGAGUAUUUUUAAGAUGUUUUUCUAGCACGAUGUUAUGGAUGUUUUAUGAAGUGCACUGGUUUGCACCUAAUGGCAUUGAUUAUAUUAAUGGCGGAAACAGAUGGACUGUUUAGUCUGCUCAACGAUACGAAGUGUACUUUCCAAUGUUCUGAACACACACUCCACACUUCAUUUAUUUAUGUAUUUCCCAGUAUUCUGUAAGCAGCGUCAUUUUGAUCAAUGGUGCAAACAUGACCAUGUCUAAUUCCUAGCCAAGAAAGGCAUUUGAUGGUACAAAAUUCUUUAAACACCACGAAUGAACACUUUCGCGAACAUGAUUUUCCAGUGAAAUAACUCCAGUGCAUCUAAGAUAUGACGACAGUCUGAGAAUUAAACUUAAUCAGUACAUGUAAGGACCUCGAUAAACUUUUAUAACCUUUGGUAGGGUUUUCUUUCUUUGUAGGUGUUCUCCAAAUAAUAUGUAAUGACUUAAAAUUAGAGAGUAUUUUUAUCACGAUGUGCCAUUGUAAAAGGCGACGUCGCUUGCAAGAAUGACCUGUGUUUAUUUGACAAUUUCUUUUUUCUUUGUAAAAAUUGAAAAGAAAUAAAAAGGAAUCUGACUGUGGGCUUCAA